UAAACGACGUAACUAUGUCCAUUGCGUUCCCGGAGAUUAAAAACGACAAAUCAUCAUUCUCUCCUCAGCCGGCCAGCGUAUUGAAUCUGCUUUCACAAGCGCGUCCCGUGGCUUUUUGUCCUGGGAAACAAAAGGGGGAUCAACUUAACGGAGAUUUUCCCCCCCGAAGCACAUUUUUCAUGGAAAUCCAGCAGGGCCCGGGCAAAUCCAUGCCAGGUUUUGCUUGGUGUUUGGCUGACAAUUUGCUAAGCCUCUCCUCGCCUCUACCCGGUCCAACCACAUCACACACAGCGCAAGUCCUCGCCGCCGCUCGCAAUAGUCCCCCUUCAGUAGCCCAGCUAGAUGGCCAUAGCCUUAUGGUGACCUUUGACUGCCUGUGAAUGACAAAUCAAAACUCAGCACUCAGCAGAUCCGCUGGAGACAGGGGACUACAAACCUCCGCUCAGAAAAUGAAAGAAGCAGCUCAGCAAGGUGCCUCUUCCCCGGACAUGGAGGCCAAUUAUGGAGGGGGCCUCCUGGACAUGGUGAAAGGAGGAGCGGGGCGCCUCUUCAGCAACUUGAAGGACAACCUGAAGGACACUCUGAAGGACACGUCUACUAAAGUAAUGCAGUCAGUUGCCAGCUAUACGAAAGGAGAGCUGGAUAUCUCAUAUAUUACCUCAAGGAUUAUCGUAAUGUCGUUUCCAGCAGAGGGCGUUGAGCUGGGAUUCAGGAACCAUAUUGAAGACGUCCGCUCAUUCCUCGAUUCCCGACAUCUGGACCAUUACACAGUGUUCAACCUCUCACCCAAGUCUUACCGCAGUGCCAAGUUCCACAACCGGGUCUCAGAAUGCAGUUGGCCUGUAAGACAAGCUCCCAGCUUACAUAAUUUAUUUGCUGUUUGCAAGAACAUGCACAACUGGUUACAGCAGAACCCCAAAAAUAUCUGCGUCAUACACUGCAUGGAUGGACGGGCCGCCUCCGCAGUCUUAGUCAGCGCAAUGUUUUGCGUUUGUCACCUUUUCUCCAAUCCCAUCCCCGCCAUCCAACUGCUCAAUGCAAAACGCCCAGGUAUAGGCCUGUGGCCGUCACAUAGGCGGUACAUCGGAUAUAUCUGUGACCUGGUUUCUGACAAGCCGGUAAACCCUCACUGCAAGCCUAUUGUCAUUCGGAGUGCCACCAUCAGCCCUGUGCCCUGCUUCAAUAAACAGCGGAAUGGAUGUCGGCCGUUCUGUGAGGUCCUGAUCGGGGAGACCCGUCUCUUCAGCACCAUGCAGGACUACGAGAGGAUGAAAGAAUAUCGGGUUCAGGAAGGGAAGGUGGUGUUUCCUCUGGGUGUCACAGUUCACGGUGAUGUUGUCGUUUCUGUUUAUCAUAUGAGAUCCACAAUCGGUGGAAGACUACAGGCAAAGAUGACAAACACUCAGAUACUACAGCUACAGUUUCACACGGGUUUCAUAGCACUCGGAACAACAGUGUUAAAAUUUACAAAGCCUGAGCUUGACGCGUGCGAUUCUCCAGACAAGUAUCCUCAGCUGUUUCACAUAACGCUUGACAUUGAGAUCGAGUCCACGGACAGACAGACGGACCUCACCCCUCCCUGGGAAAAUUUUGUAUCGAAGGACAUUAACCCCAGCAUCCUCUUCUCUUCACAACAGGAACAGCAGGAAGCCCAGGCUGUGGGGGGCAGAGCUCCAGUGGAACAACAUCCUGACAACUUUAGGAACGCUGGGCCCGGGCAGGGGGCCUUUUUCUCCUCCUUGAGCUGGCAAGACCAGAAGUCAGACAAGUCCACUUCUCACCCGGUAUCAGAAGAUCGAGCUGUGCUAGUACAUGAUGAGAGCGAGCCAUCAGACGACGAACUCCUAUCUCUUUCAAGCCAACACAGCAACACCAGUGGAGAAAAACAUCAUGGAACCCCAAAGCACAAAAGCACAGAACUCCCCAGCACAGCCCCCCAGGCUCCUCCGGAAGACGUUGACCUGUUGUUUCUCGAUGCUAGUUCGGCGGCGGCGGCUGCUGCUCCUGCGUCACAACCCGUGCCACCACCUUCCAACUCAGACCUCCUGUGUGACCUGUUUGGAGCUUCUCAGGCGCCUGCGGAGACCGUUUUCCAAAGUGGUGGAAUCGGUUCAGCACAUUCAACGCCACGGCGGUCUGCGGCGUCCUCUUCUCCGUCCCAGUCACCGAAGAUUGGAGAAGCGUCCACGUUCGAUCCGUUUGGAUCGAGUCCGAAGCAGCCAGCUAAGGACCUACUUGGCACCUUCCUCAGUGCUUCAAAUGCCACGGCAGGAGACCCCUUUCUGCAAACCGCGAGAAGCCCCUCCCCCAGCCCGACACUCCAAGUGGAUCCAUUCAACAUGGCUCCUCCUUCUGUGUCUAUCCAACCCGAUGUGUCUUCAGCGUGGGACUGGAGCGCUCCUUCUCAAGGUGGUUUAGGCGUUGGAAGCAGAUCAGGUGCCACAACUCCUACAGGCUCCCCCCAUGGCACACCAUUGCACCAAGCCAAGCCACAGAGCCUUGAUCCAUUUGCCGACCUUGGAAACCUAGGAGCAAAUCUUCCAGGUGGCUCCGCAUUUGCAAGUAAACCCACAACGCCAACAGGAUGUGGAGGUGGAUUUCCACCAGUGGGUUCUCCACAGAAGCCGUCCCCACAGCACGGCUGGCAACCGAAUACAGGAUAUGCCUGGCAGGCUCAUUCCAAGCCGCAGCAAAACGCUACGCACUCCUCACCCCAAAACAGACCGAAUUACAAUAUUAGCUUUUCCACAGCAAGCGGCGCAAACAACGACAAGGGGAAACACCCAACCACCCCUGACCCCAAACAAAAGCCGCCAGCGGAUAAUUUUGAAGACCUGCUCUCCAGCCAGGGAUUUAAUACUCACAAGGAUAGGAAGGGACCCCGAACGAUUGCAGAAAUGAGGAAAGAAGAAAUGUCCAAAGAGAUGGACCCCGAGAAACUGAAGCUUUUGGAUUGGAUUGAAGGCAAAGAGCGGAACAUCCGAGCCCUGCUCUCCACAAUGCACACUGUGCUCUGGGAAGGGGAGACCAAGUGGAAGCCGGUCAGCAUGGCCGACCUGGUGACACCGGAACAAGUGAAGAAAGUGUACCGGAAAGCUGUGCUGGUGGUUCACCCUGACAAGGCCACAGGACAGCCAUAUGAACAAUAUGCAAAGAUGAUUUUUAUGGAGCUAAACGACGCCUGGUCAGAAUUUGAUAACCAAGGACAGAAACCGUUAUAUUAACCAUCGAUCUGCAAAUCCCCGCCCGUAGCUUCCGUCUUAGUAUAAGAUCCAUCCAUGAACAAUUCAGAUAUCCUCCUUGGGGUUUUUUUUUUUUUUUUUCUCUUUCUAGACACCUGAGUACGGUCUUCAUUCAGUUUCCUCCCCGUGGAGGGGGGAGAUGUGACUUUGCAUUUUGCACUCUUCUCAUAGCAGUAAUGAUGGUUGGCUCAUAUCCCUCCCCUCCCCCACCCUGUAUUUUUUAUUUAUAUAUUUAUUUAUUUAUAACACAGGUUUUAAAUUAAAGUCCUGGAGCUCAAAUGUUUACCUUAAAGGGCAACUCCACUCA